UGGUAAAAUUCAGUGUGCCGGGGCUGCGCGAGUGUGUAUGGACGCUAUCGUGCAGCGUUGACACUUUCAGCGGAUGGCUUUCCUUGAGUCGGUUACGUAAAAAGUUCUAUCCAAUUACGGAAGCUUUCGUCUAGCUCGGUUGUUCCCGUAAUAACGGACAAAUUUGCACGAGGCUGUCGAGCUUGUUUGGGUCGUUCCCAAGACGGAUCUUAGCGCGUGGGUUUACGAUCCCUUCGAAGCGAGCAAGCGGGUGAGCGGUGUGUUACAUGGCGUCCCAAGCGUUGCACGCAGCACGCUAGGACUACGGUUACACAAACGCGCAGGUUCGUCCGUUAUUUAUUCGUAUGAUUAUUUGCUGGCCUUAUUGUCGGAGUAACGGGGAAUGUGAGUGCUCUACGAUACAACGAAUCGAGAAACAGUGAGGGAGAAAACGGUCGAGUAUAUCGAUAUAUGUAAAACCGGAAACAAAGUACAGAUAGAUUUACUCGAUCCUCUGUAUCUUAAACUGUGCAUACCGAGGCUUCGUUGGUUGUAUACACGGGGACAAGUAUUAACGAACGGUUAAAAAGAAAGGGCGGUGGAAAGAGUACGAGAAUUAACAUAAGCGUAAACGUGCGCUAAACAGCAUGGGUAAGACGCCAAAGAAGGCGGUCCCUGGGGGCGAUGAGAGGAAUUUGCUCAGUCGGAGACUGCUCAACUCGCACAAGAGACAGCGGCAAUCUGAGAAUCCGAACAGGCCUGAAUUGAGUACCACGCAGAAAAAAAUACCACAGAAUCAAAGGAAACACGUUAGUAGUAAACUUCAAGCUCCUACGCAGUCUGAAUUGAGUUUUAUUAAAAAGCCUCUUGGUAGACCACCUGGUAGCUCUAAAGACAAGAAGUUAACGAUUCCCGAUAAAAGCGUAGAACCGACACUUGAAAAUAUGCAGCCAGAAUCAGAGGAAGCAGAGGUUAAACUCGAUGCAACUACGGAAAACGAAGAUGCAAAGAAAGAUACGGUCAAGGACACCCAAGAAUCCGACGAGUGCGUCGACCAUGCUACCGUCAAACUUCCCCCGGAUUCCAAGGAACAAGAGAACUCUAUAAAUAAAGAAUCGCUGGUAGUGGAGGAGGAACAAAUUCAGGAACAGGAGGUAGCAGAGAUUCCUAAGGAGGCCGAAGAGCACGAAGAACCUGAUUUAACUUUGAGUUUUGAAACCGAAGACAGCGCUACGAAGACACAGGAGGAGAAAUCGAACGAUAAUACAGAAUCGAAAGAGGCGAAAGAGGAAUGUAUUUCUUUACAGUCAGAAUCAAAAGCUGAUAUCCAAGAAAAGGAAGACGUGCAAAGCGAGUCGCAAACCGAUACGGAGAGCUAUUCGGUAGACAUGUUGGAAUCCACGACGUCGGAACUGUCCGAAGUGUCUGAGGUCGUAUCGCAGAAUGAUGGCCAGAAGGAGAAGGAGAAAGUCGAGGAGGAAACCCACAAUAAGGAAACGUCGUUCGUUUCGUACGAUCCCUCCAUAAUGUUGAAGGACGUACAAAUCAAGCUGAACGAUUGCAUGAAAGAAAAUACGAAGACCUUAGACGCUAGUAACGCUGAUUACGAAAUGCUGUCUCAAGGAUCGAGGGAGGCGUCUUUUGGAAAGACGCUGAGGAGCAUUUCCGGGAGACGUUCUCUCAACAGAAUGCGUCACGUCACUUUACGCGAUCACAGGUAUUCGCCGAACAAUUCCCUGUUCGUCAACACUUCCAGCGCGUCUCUGCUACCAGACGAAACGGAGGAUUUCAAGAUCUUGCGUUACAGUACCGGUCUAUCCGAUACGAUUUCCACCACAAACGGAAGCUCCUCCGAGAGAAAGAGGAAAUACGAAACCGAGGAUUGGAAUUCCUCGAAGAAACCGAAAACAGAGUCGGAGAACAGUUUGCUGAACACCUCGAUCAGCAUUCUGAAAGGACUGCGCAGACCUAUCCAAGUUUCUACUCCGCGAUCGGAACUGAAAUUCCAGACCAACAAAUUGAAUCUCACGGAAGAUGAGAGUAACGCGAUGAACGAUGGUACCGGCAGAAAAUGGUGUAACAUCAUGUAAAUUACGAGAGAGUUUUAUGUACAAGGUGUGCUGAAAUUGACGGUUCAAACUUUGGGUACGUAUAGUAUUCGUCGAAAUGUGUAAAAACGCGAUAGAAAACAUUGAUCUAAAAUUCAAGUCCUUCCAGUUGCAAGAUACGCAUUAUACGUAUAGUAUUUGCUCAAGUGUUCUCAUCGGUAGCAUUCAUUAUGUCAGUUUCUCUUGUCGGGGAAUAACGGAAGUACCUAGAAUUCUUGCGUAUUACUCGGGGAUGGACAGAAUUUCUUUCGAAUAGUA